UAACACAAAUUCAAAAAUGAGGUUGCCUCUGUUUUGAACAUGAACUUGGAAAGAUUACUUUGUUUUCCAAAGAGGUCUCUGAAGUACCCGCGAAUGUCGUUCUACCCAAGGAUAUAAAAAAAUAUACUUUAUUGGUAUUCCUAAGAAAUCUGGCAUGAAUUGCAUGUCAGAUGAAGAUUCAGGCCUUUCGUCAAAUCGAGUCAACACUUACUGAGAAUGACAUCAGGCUUGUCUUCAUCAGCAACUCUACACCAGCGCAGACGACAGAAUUCCUCGAGAUUACAACAGUACCUGUCUGUGGAGAUCUAUACUCGGACCCACAACUUCAUCUGUAUAAAUUGUUCAGUUUAAAGAGAGGUCGGUUCAGAUCACUUGUAAUGCCAAUUGUUUCUGGUUUGCGUAAAUAUGGAAUGAGAGGAGUUACUGAAGGAAUUAAACUUGGUUAUGAAACUGGACAUCUAGCCGGAGAUUCAUGGCAACAAGGUGGAACCGUUAUCUUAGACACAGAAGCCAACAUUAAAUAUGUGCAUGUUGAAGAACACCCAGCCGAUUGGCCAGAUAUGGAAAAGGUCCUGCCCUUGAUGGGAAUUCAAAAUACUUCAAUAGAUUACAAAAAGGCUGUUAAUGAUUGGUUGAAAGCUAGAGAGGAGUCUACAAGCAAAUCUUAAUAACAAUAGCCUGUGUUUGAAAAAAAUACAUGUACUUGUAAAGUGUGUAUCAGUGUAAUUGAAUGCAUGUGUUCCUCAAAGUUCAAAAUAGUUUAUAUGUAAUAGCAGUUAUUUUUUGUAAUUUUAUAUCAGCGCAAAUGAAUGUAUGCAAGUGUUUAUAAAUUUUCUAAAGUUACAAAAUAGUUUAUAUGUAAAAGCAUUUUUUAUUUUUUUAUUUUAUAUUUAUGUGUGUUAAAUGAUUUUGUCACUUGAAUUGGUAAAUGAUUAUUAAUAGAAAAGAUGAUACAAUGAUAGCUGAUCUAUAAAGACAUAGUCACUGAUCAGCCUGAUGGUAAAUCAUCAAUUGAUAGCAAUGUAUAUUAUACCAUUCUUGUGUAUUAAAAUGAUUAAUUUUGUAAAUUAAAGAUGUGAACAAA